GUGCGGACACGAGAGUGUUGAGAGCCCCACGUAAGAUGGCGCUGUGCCGACUCGCGCUCAGCCGCCAGCGGUGAGUGGAAGGCGGUGGCGAUCAGAGAGGUUGUUGGUGAUCGAGGUUGGUGGUUGUAGUUGUUGGUGGGUUGUAGUUGUUGUUGGCGGUUCCUGAGCAGCCCGGCGAGCCCGAGUUCUCUUCCCGCUCACGGCCACGCCGACACCCGGUGACGACUCCCUGGGGGCCUCCCCUCGCCUGAGGUCGCCUCGGCCCCUCAAACGAGUUGCCUCGGGGCCGCGGUAGUUGGUUAAAAACAUCGCCACUGGGGGAGACAAAGGCGGCCGGGUGUGCUUGCUUGCUUGCUGGCCGUGCCGGCAGUCUGUCAAGGCUACACGGAGCAGGGAGGCAGGAAGCUGUGAGAGAUAUUUAUCCUUUUGGCGGCGCUGGUGGUGACCGAGGAGGGAGGAGGCCAUGGCGGUCGGGCGAACGGCGCUUCGGCUGCGCUUGGCGAUGGCCGUGCUGGGAUUCCUCUUCGGCGUCGCCGUCUUCUGCGUGUGGAUCUUCGUGUACGAGCAGAUCUGGACGGCCACGUUGGGCGGCCUCUCUGGUGUGCUGGCGCUGUGGGUGUUCGUCACCCACGCCAUGUACCUGCAGGACUACUGGCGCAGCUGGCUGCGGGGCCUCCGCUACUUCCUGGCAGGCGGAGUGCUGGCGUCGCUCAUCGCACUGACGGGCAGCAUCACGAUGCUUGCCCUCGCCUGCCACAGACAAGAGACGAUGAAAGACCCGCGGAGUCUGUACUGGAGCGCGCUGGCGAGCGCGCUGGCGCUGCUGUGGGCGCUGCUGCUUGCAGCCUUCUCCUUCGGCUACCGCCGGGAAUUUGCCGAGUUCAGCCUGCUCAUGGACUUCUGAGACGUGGGGUCUCACCCCCUGUCAUCGCUCACGACACCUACGCACCCCCCCCCCCAAGCCACCCCUUGAAAUACAACCUCGUGGUCAGAGCGCUGAGCUGGCGCUGCCAAGAUGCUGGGUUCGAAUACAGGUUUCACCCGCCUGUGAUUAUCCCAGGCUUCCAAGUAUAGAGAGUUGAUGAUCUCAGCCCAGUCACUUAUGACUGGCUUUUUUUUAAAGCAAUGGCAUCAAAAUUUGGCUCUGCGCUUAUUUUUGUGAAGUUUUAGCUCAGUCUGACUAUGCGUGAGAUGAACAUUACUCUCAUAUGUAGAGCGGGUGGGAAAGCGUUGCCCUUUGCCAUGUGGACACGAGGUCACUUGAAGAGAUCUCAAAGAUUGUUCUGCGAUAUCCGCUUCUGUGAGCCGUUCUGUAACGUAGAGGGAUGCACUGCUCUGCGAGCAAUCCCAUUGGAUACGUAGGGUCAUAACAUGAUGCUGAUAACACAAUCGGCGUAAAACUGGGUGGGGGGAAGGAAGGGGCAGUGGGCUGUUAAAAAAAUGGAAACAACGCCAAGGCCGCCUUCUCCACCCGGCUUCCCAGGGCGAUGGGAGUGUCGGUUACUUUUGUGGGCAGUGAGCGUCGCUUGCCACCCAGUGGAGGUCGCGCAUCUCUGCAGUUGAACUCACGCCAAGCAGAGCUUAGGUUUCGGCGGGGAGGGCUUGUACUUUUAAAUAUAAGUGCUUGUGCGCAGGUUUUUUUACACGUAUGUAUGGGUAUGGGUCGGUUUGUAGCGGCAAAGGGUUGUCAGAGGAACCCAUUUACAAUAUUUACAAAACAUGCUUUGGAACAAAAUAAGCGAUAUUUUGGUAUGCAAUUGGUAUCUCCCCCCCCACCGCUAAUGUACAAUAGCUUUUCUGAAAUGAAAGUUAAUAUGAUUGGAAUAUCACGACAUGGCCUAUCCAAAUGGCACAAAUUAGUAACCCAUUAAUUAAAUAGACGUUGUAAUAAUUUUAAUUAUCGUGAAAAAGGGACCAUCGAACUUCGUGCAAUUUUUGUUGUGACCGCUAUUUGUCUUUGCGCGAAGUGCAGCAGCGCCUGCUGCGCUCAUUGGUUAUUUAUUUACCGUUAUUGUGACAUCUUUUGCCGAGCGAGCUUUGUUCACUGCUGUAGAGAUGGACGCGGGUCGGUUCAGAUUCGCGCCGUAGAGACCGAAGAUAACAUUUUGUUUACUGGUCGUGGUGUCAAAGUCGCCACCCCACAGUCUGCGAGCGUACGGCUUUAGAUGAGUACAUGUCCGGCCCGUUUCUCACUACGCUGCUGGAUGAGGGCAUCCCACACUGUAGGCAGUGAGGGUUAUUCACCCAUACUUCACCGUACUGGUUGGUGAAUGUAGUGAGAGUACAAAACAAUGGAUUUUUCUGCACUGCCGUCAACUGGCCACAGUGCAUAAUACUUGGUGGCCAAUCAUCUAAGCAAUGCUCAGGCUCCUGCUUGGCUUCUGAGGCGCAUUAAACCAGCUCAUUGUCAUCAUGCAAACGGGGACAGCACUUAAUUCUCAUGUAUGUAAUUGGUAGGUUACAUAUCUGUACCAAUAUAACCAAACAUGCAUAGAAUGUUUUGUAUAUAACUUUGUGUAUUGUAUGGUAUGUGUACAGGAGAGCGGUUGGAAUGUUUCGAAAACGAGGGAUUGAAUCUAGACCGGAAGGGUUUCAAGAGAGGUGUUAUUUUAAGACACGUCUGUGUUCGCCAUUCGAGCAACGUGGAUGUUCUUCGAAACCAUAUUGCAAAAGUAAGUGUGUGGAUUUAAUAACUCGCGUUCAAAACGUGGUGACCAGCCCCUCCUGUCAAUACUUGUGUUACUUCUUAGAUUUUUGCGGCUGUGGUGUUAUAUUGCUCUCCGCUCUGUUUUCGAGGUUGUGCAGAAUGAUGUCCGACGUUUCGCUGUACUUGCUGCGAGCUUCUUCAGUUCCUUCUGUUCCUGAAGCGGCUCCGCACGUGGAACAGGACGUCGUACAUUUUGCCGAAUAUACACCCGGUUCAACCAGAGAGCUUAUCGGAGAGCCAUACUUACGUUACUUGUUUAUUUUAAGUGUGCUCUAUUACAGAAAAAAAUAUACUUUUGAUAAAGGGAUUGAAAACAAACGGGUGCAAACAAUGAAACAACUCCUGGACAUUGCACUGUUGUUUGUACGAGGAGACUGGCUAACCUGACUAUGAGGUCACGACCUCGACACUUUGCCGAGCGUUGUGAAUUGUGCUUCUCAAAUGUAGCUGUUUCCAUGUGGGCCAAUGAACUAGCUCGGAACCGGUCUUCAAAACAGCAAGGAGAUUAUCGAGUGCUCCUUGGUUCUGGUGUCUUUCCUGCUACAAACACCAGUGGGCACGACACGUUUUUAUCGGUUACAAUCGCUCGCGAUACUUGCAAUCAUCUGUGCACCUGUGAGAAUACAUUAUUAACGUUAUAUGUGAAUUACUUGCUCUGUUACAUUGAGGCUUGUGGAGCGAGCGAGACUGACAGAAACAAGACUAGACCGGUUGUAAUAUUGACCCGAAUUCAUUGAAUUGUCGAGGUGUGGGGGGGGGGUAAAUUGUCACAUCCAUAUGAGCCACAUCGGUUAAAUUCCAGGUCACGACAUCGUUGUCAAUUCACAUAUGAACCUGAUUUAGGCUUUCCGUUUUAGGUUAUUGGGUCAAAUAAAAAAAGUUUAUUUUUAUUAAAAAAGAUCGUUUAAAAAUGUUUACCCUCAACCAUUGCUGGAUAUUUCACCAUGGGGGCCAGUCUCAUUUAGGCAAAAAAGCAAAAGAGACUGCAAAAAUUUGACAAAAGAGGGAUCGAUUCUUGAAUCAAAACGUGACCUUGAAGCGUAACAAUUCAUUAAAUCGCGAGAUGGUCGGAUUGUUACAUUGCCUCGUGGUUAACAUCAAAACCUCUACCCUCAUCCCUAUGGUAGCUUGCGUGGUGCUGGUGAUUUAAUCAUUAAGGACUGACUGGACAUCCAAGGUGCUAAGGAGCUCACAAGAGGAUGAACACGUGCAAUUUACUAAAAGGGAUGACAUUGUGGAUUAUAACUCUGCUGUGGCCACGGCUCAUGAUGGCCAGGCCUUCGGGGACCUCGCUGGACUGCGUAUGUUCUGAAGUGAUGUGCACGUUUGUCGUUUUAUUCUUUAUUCAUUUAGUGCUGAACUUGUUUUUAUUGUCCCGUGGGUUGAUUUAUUUUCGUGCAGUGUUGCGACACGUUUAAUCACAGCCAAAGUGUGUUAACGUGUCAUUUUAGCGGUCGCCAGUACGAAAUAUAUUUUGGUUUAAGGGAGUCUGCCAGUAGCAUCAGGUUUGGGUCAGUAACCUGAAUAUGAAAUGGCUACAUGCGUUACACUAAUGUACCCGUCUUUUAUCUAACUAUAACUGAGGGCUGUCUUGCGCGUCUUGGCAAAUGCAUGGGGCAUCAUCGGGGCCACCUGUGGAUGUGUGCGUGUUGUCGGACAUGCCUUUUGUAUCGUUACAUUUUUAUGACUGGGGUGUCAACAUUUUAAUUAAAGCUUGCAAUAAAAGCACGUUGGUGUUACAGUUCUUCUUAAUGCAGUACAUGUGCACUUCAGUCCGCGAACAAAGUUAUUGAUGAAC